UUCAAUUACUUGUGAGCCAGGUGGCAGUCAUGCUUGGACUUCCAUUUUGGCACAAGGGGGAUUCAUUUUGAUCUACCCUUUUUAGUCCUAGUCUUAAGUGACAGGGCAUUUCACUCUUUUAACAAGACAAGAGCUCAGCUCACGAUCACACGGAUUGAGGUUUAAUUUCCUCUGAAAAUGGCAGACCCUUCUGGCUCUACCCUGCAAACCGAUAAAACCCUAGAGUUCAGUAGUGGGGUACAGGAGAAUAAUUUUCUGGAGCCAGUUCCACCAUUUCAAAGUGGUGAAGGUUUGCCUUAUGCUCCAAUAAAUUGGCCAAAUCCCGGUGAUACUUGGGGUUGGAAGGUUGGAAGGAGGUUCAACUCUUCGGGGUACUAUACAGAUAGAUCUUUGUCCCUUCCAAGAAACCUUCACAAGCCCAAUGUUCCAAAACAGUUCCCAAGUAAGCUAGCAGUUGAACGAUAUAUACAGUCUGAAUUCCCGGAUGCAGACACUGAUGCAUUUUGGGCCUCUUUCAGUUGGAAGGUCCCUGCACUGAAGAAUUCAACGGGAGUGGAAGCUAAACCACCGAGUGCAGUGCAAGCUACCCCGGCAAGUGCAGAGAAGGUUGAAGAAGGCAAAGAAGAAAAUCCUGUUGCUACAAAUAGAAAAAGGAAAUAUACAGCUGCUAAAACAGUAGCCAAUCAGCGAACUCGGCGAUCUCUUCGACAGGCAGUCCCAGCUACUAAAGAUACAAGCGGAUCAAAUGGAAAUGAAGAGGUAACAUCAAAUGCAACAAGGAAAGAUGUGAACAGUACGGCUGAAUUUCAGGAUGAUCAACCUGACAAUGGUUCAUUUGAGCAAAGCGAUUCUGACUGUAUGCCUGAGGACUUCAAUAACUAUCUUGAUUCUUUGGUUGGCAAUCUUGCCUAUCCUGCAACCGGUAAUUCUCUUGCCCAGGAACAUGAAUUGGGUCAAAAUCAAGUCCUCAAUGAUAAAGAAAAGGAAAAAGUCAUCCAGCAGCUUCAGGUAGAAAUAGAUUCCAACUUAUCGAUUGUCCAAGAAAUUGAUAACCAGAUUACCCAGCUCCAUUGCCGACGAGGAGAGCUUAUAAGAAAAAAUGAGAAUAAGAAGCGAUUAAUAGCUAAGAUAGCCAUUGAUGACCAAAAGGUGCGAUGAAUCAAGUUGAGUUAAAACUCCAAAGAUCCUGAAUGAGAAAUCUGAAGAAAGAGAAUGCAGGGAAGCAAGAGAUGGAAAUCCUGAACUAAUCUAGAUCCAGUUAAUGCUUUUGCAGCUUUGCCUGAUUUUUUUAUGAUAAUGCUGUAGCUUUAUUGUAGCUGGAACUUCUGAUUUCCUUGCUAUGCAUCCAUCUCGGUGUUGAAUUAUGUUGUACUUGAACUCUUCACUUUGAUAUUGUAAUCGAACUGAGAUAUACGGAAUCUGCAAUGCAUGAACUUAUAAGAAAA